AUGAAGUCGACUACCCGGUUUGCGCUCCGGCUGUUGGCGCUCGUCGCCGUAGCAGGCGCUCUUCCUACAGCUCUUGCUCACGGCCACGAUGACCAAGACGCAACCGACAUGGACAUGAAUAUGGCAGAGGACCCGAAGCCGGACCUCGACUCCUACCCGCCGACGUAUUUCUCCCAUCCUGAGCAUGUAGUGGAAAUAUAUGCGCAUAUCGCACUGAUGGUGAUAAGUUGGAUAGUCAUUCUACCAUCAGCCGUCAUGUUUUCGAUUGCGCGAUCACGAUAUACCCUUGCGAUCCAAUUUCUGUUCCUCGUUACGAAUGCGGUCGGCCUUCUGCUAGGCAUUACCUAUAACGCGAAAACUCCCGAUUUGUAUCCAAACAACGCGCACCACAAGUUAGGUUGGCUGGUUACUUGGGUAGUUAGUGCGCAGGUGGUCAUCAGCCUCAUAAGCCGCAUUGCGGGCGCAGCUAGUAGGAGCGCGUCUUCUCAGGCGGCUGGGAGGGAGGAGGAGCAGGCGUUCAUUCCGGUUUCUACAGAGGCCAUGGCCGAGCACCAGCGCAUGAAUGGCCCUCUGUUAUCUCAGCAGUAUCGAUCGUCCAACGACAGUGGACAAGGCACGGAACCACAUACAGAGUCUCUACGAAGCAACUCUGUUUCAACAACUAUCGGCCGAGAAUCACCUAUUGAGUUAAGCGAUCGAGGAGCACACUACGAAGACGAGGAGGAGGACCUUCACUUCAAGCCUGAGGAGCUACUCUCUUCCAAGGCUCCCAACUCAUUUAUCGCCAAAUGGACUAGCAAAAUUCCCAGCCGAGCUUGGAAGGUUCUCAUGUUUAUUUACAAUUUCAUCGACAGGACAAUUCUGAUCCUAGGCUAUAUUGCCUUGUGUACCGGUAUUAUUACAUUUGCGCGAUUCUUCGAGGGACACGGUAUCUUUAGUGGACUAGCUCAUUGGAUCAAGGGUGGUAUUUUCUUCUGGUACGGCUUAUUAACUCUCGGAAGAUGGUCCGGAAGUUUCGGUGAGCUGGGCUGGUCAUGGAAUAUCCGUCCCAAGCAAAGCUCUCAGAAGUGGAGGCCUACAGCCGAAUUUGUCGAAGGCGCUCUCAUCUUUACUUACGGUGCGACCAAUAUCUUCCUUGAGCAUCUAGGCAAUGCUGGGCAAGAGUUUAGCGCUCAAGAUUUGGAGCAUAUCUCCAUUACCGUUCUCUUCAUUGGAGGUGGUCUGCUCUCCAUGCUCAUCGAGUCAACUCGAAUCCGCGAUCUUCUAAAUACCACAGUGUACGACGCCGCUCUCGCGCAUCCUAGUCAUGCGUACAGCGACGAGGAGCGCGAAGCGUUGCAGGCACCGAGCGAAUAUGAGUUUUCCAUUAACCCUAUUCCAGCACUCGUGAUUCUACUUCUAGGCAUCAUGAUGAGCUCGCACACGCAACAGUCUAUGGUUUCCAGCAUGGUUCACAAGCAGUGGGGCAAUCUCCUGACUGGUGCAUCGUUUGCUCGAGCUCUCACAUAUGUGCUCAUGUAUCUGAAGCCUCCACGUUCCAUUUUACCGUCUCGGCCCCCGACAGAACUGUUGACUGCCUUCGGCCUCAUUGCAGGAGGCACCAUCUUUAUGGCGAGCGCUAGCGAUACGGUCUCCGGAAUGAUUCAUUACGACUUGGAUGCCAUGUUCUUCUACACCGUUACGAUGGGAUUUGUCGGCCUUCUAAUGGCAUGGGUUGUCGUACUCCUGGCCCUAAAGGGUUGGGCUGUUCGCCGAGAAUCCAAUCGAUCUUCUAAAUCGUGGGCAUUAACUUCCCGUGCCUGAGAGGACUUCAGCUCUUCACCGCCAGCGAAACAAUAAUUUCAACUUCAAAAAGAUAAUAUUUCAAAACACCAAUCAUUUACAUAGAAACCCGCCCGGAUAUCCUUAACCAUAAUGCAUGAACGGCUACUGGCAGGUCUAAUUCUUAGAUUACGGCGCAUAGGGGUAGGUGGCGGUCUGUCGCGAUAUACCCCAGAUACUCCUCUAUAUUCUUUUACAGCUUCUUUUUUCACAUUCUGGACUUUCUUUUUAUCAAUGAUACCCCUAGGGAGAAGAAGCAUGGAUUUGAGGAUGAUUUGCCGGUUGGAUUAUAUCAUGGGGAUUAGAUGCCCUAAAAAGUCAGAUCGUCGGCGAACGAGUGGGCUUGUGGGAUGAUAUGGACUACUUAAUGACCCGAUACCAAUCGAAAGCUUAUGCUUACCACCUAUAUUAAUGAACAAUGAAUAAAUCAAUCCGUAUCAUAUUGCAAC